AUGGCCUUACGCCCAGCAGCGCUGGCGUUGAACGUGGCCAGCCCGCUGCUUCGGCGCACGGCGAUGCAGCCCGCGACGAUGCAGUCGGUAUUCAGGCUGGCGACCUCCGCUCGCCCGGUCGUUCCUCUCGCGACGAGGGCGACGCUGGGUCUCGGCCUCGCACUUCAACAGCGACAGCAACGGCUUUUCGGAUCGAACCACGGUAUCUCCCGCAACCUCCUCGCUAGCAGGGAGGCGGCGGCGAACAGGAACCCCGGCAGCGCGACCGCGCAGAACGCAUUCUACCAGCUUCUCCUCAAGGCCAACAUGCCCGCCAUCGUCAUCGAACGCUAUCAGUCCGGCCGCUUCGCUACUAACGAGGCCGUCGACCAGGCGUAUGCCCAAGCCCUCGGUAUGCAGAGCACCGCGGCCGUCGGCGGCCUCGGUGGACACGAUCACCUCCCCUCCGCCUUCGGCAACGGUGGCCACGAGCUGAGCCAGCCCUCGGGCAACGGCAACCUGUCUCAGGCACAGCUCCAGGCCGUCGGUCAGGCGCUUGCUGCCCGCUCCCGCGAUUCCAAUAUGGCUAUGGCGAAGGUUUCCGGCAAUGGCCAGACGGGCCCGCUGCACGUCGUCGUCGACGAGUCGUUCGGCGGCGUCGUGUUCCGCUGGGUCAAGUUCGUUCUCUGGUUCUGUCUGUUCACCUACCUUAGUCUGGUCAUCGUCACGAUGCUCGUCGAGGGUCUGAACCUGUUCAAGCGUCCCGGCGGCAAGGUCGACAGCGAGGCCAAGGCCGAGAACCAGACUACCCGCUUUGCUGAUGUUCACGGUGCCGACGAGGCCAAGGACGAGUUGCAGGAGCUUGUUGAGUUCCUCCGCAACCCUGACAAGUUCUCUACGCUCGGUGGCAAGCUCCCCAAGGGUAUUCUGAUGGUUGGACCCCCCGGUACUGGUAAAACUCUUCUCGCCCGCGCUGUUGCCGGUGAGGCUGGUGUUCCCUUCUUCUACAUGUCUGGUAGCGAGUUCGACGAGGUAUACGUCGGUGUCGGUGCCAAGCGUGUCCGUGAUCUCUUUGCGUCUGCCAAGUCCAAGUCCCCUGCCAUCAUCUUCAUUGACGAGCUUGACGCCAUUGGUGGACGCCGUAACACCCGCGACGCCGCGUACCACAAGCAGACUCUCAACCAGCUUUUGACAGAAUUGGACGGUUUCGAACAGAACAGCGGCGUUGUCAUCAUUGCCGCGACCAACUUCCCCGAACUCCUCGACAAGGCCCUCACUCGACCCGGACGUUUUGACCGUCACGUUACCGUUGCCCUUCCCGACGUCCGCGGCCGUAUUGCUAUUCUCAAGUACCACGCGAAGAAGAUCAAGGCGGAUGCUGGGGUCAACUUUGAGGCCAUCGCCGCCAGUACUGGAGGUCUGUCCGGUGCCGAACUUGAGAACAUUGUCAACCAGGCUGCCGUCCGCGCCAGCAGACUCAAGGCUACAGCUGUCAGCAUGACCGACUUUGAGUGGGCCAAGGACAAGGUUAUCAUGGGUGCCGAGCGUAAGAGCAUGGUCAUUGGACAGAAGGAGAAGGAGAUGACGGCUUAUCACGAGGCCGGCCACGCCCUGGUUUCGUUCUUCAACGAGAGCGGCCCCAACAAGCUCUACAAGGUUACCAUUCUUCCUCGUGGCCAGAGUCUUGGUCACACUGCACACCUUCCCGAGAUGGACAAGUACUCGUACACGACCAGGGAUCUCAAGAGUCUCAUCGAGACUUCUCUUGGCGGCAAACUUGCUGAGGAACUUGUCUACGGCACCGACAAGGUGACGACUGGUGUCUCAAGUGAUCUCGAGAACGCUACCAACCUGGCUUUCCAGAUGGUCGCUCUGUACGGCAUGUCCGCCAAGCUCGGCCCUGUCGAGUACGGAAAGCGCUACAACCAGCUCAGUGGAGAGACCAAGGCUCUCAUCGAGUCCGAGGUCCAGCGAACUUUGAGCGAGUCGUAUGAAAAGGUGCGCGAGCUACUUACCACCAAGCGCAAGGAAUUGGACCUCCUCGCCCAGGCUCUUGUUGAGUACGAGACUCUGGACAAGAACGAAGUUGAGAAGGUCAUUCGUGGCGAGAAGCUUCUCGACCGUGUCCCCGUACCCAAAGGUCCGAUGACGGUCCCUGCCAAUGCGGGUGCUUCUAUUGGCCAAACGAUUCCCCCACCAUUCCCCCCACCUAACGACGGCACUCCGCCUCCCCCAUCACCGCCUCCGCCAGCUGCAUCGACGGGCGGCAUAGCUCCGGGUCCGGAUCAGAACUCAUGA